AUGUCAAUAAAUAUUACAACAGAAAGAAAAUCUAAAGCACCACCACCUCCUUCUGAAACAAAACCCAUUGCUGUUUCUCCAUUUGAUGACACAGGAUCAGCCAACCUCAUCAUGGAACAAAAAGAGAAUGUAAUCGAUAAAGACAUUGAACUAUUAGUGGUCCUGCCAGGAGAUGUGAUCAAGUACACUACAGUUAAUGGGAGGAAGCCCAUGAUGGACUUGCUGAUCUUUCUCUGUGCACAGUAUCAUUUAAAUCCAUCAAGUUAUACUAUAGAGUUGGUAUCAGCAGAAAAUAGCCAGAUUAAAUUCAAACCCAACACACCAGUGGGAAUGCUUGAAGUGGAAAAGGUGAUUGUAAAACCAAAACAAAUGGAUAAGAAGAAACCUGCUCCAGUUAUACCAGAGCAAACAGUAAGGGUAGUGAUAAACUACAAGAAGACACAGAAGACGGUAAUAAGAGUUAGUCCACAUUCACCCCUUCAAGAACUUGUACCAAUUAUCUGUAGUAAAUGUGAGUUUGAUCCUUCACACACUCUGCUGUUGAAGAAUUACCAGUCUCAAGAACCCCUUGAUGUGACAAAAUCUCUUAAUGACCUUGGACUAAGAGAAUUAUAUGCCAUGGAUAUCAGUCGAGCCACAUCACCAGUUGAUUUAAAUUUACCAUCUUUGCAAGACUCCUACCAAUCUGAAAACUUAGAUGUUCUGAAAGAGAAAGAAAACAAAGGAUUUUUCAGCUUUUUUCAACGAAGCAAGAAGAAAAGAGAACAAGCUGCCAGUGCCCCAGCAACUCCAUUGAUGAGCAAGCCAAGGCCAACGUUUAUCACAAGAUCUAACACCGUUAGCAAGCAGUAUGAUUCAAACACUCUGCCAUCUGAAAUGCCGAAGAAACGGAGAGCUCCUUUACCACCUAUGCCAAAUUCUCAGAGUGCUCCCCAGGAACUUGCACAAACCCAAGUCAGACCAGCAUCUGAUAUUAUGAAAUCUAACAGCCUUGAUAGGAAUGAACAGGACCCUCCGGGAUUAGUACGGAAAGGUUCUCUGCCGCUCAGUGACACUGCUUCUGUGAACUCUAUGCGGAGGAUGAAGCGCAAAGCACCCUCACCACCCUCUAGAGCACCAGAAGAUCAAAGUGGAAACAGUAAUGAGACUGUAACAGAGUCAACUGAAUCAGCCCUUACUAAUGUGGAAGAAAAAGCCAUUGAAAUGCAGUCUGAAACAGGUGUAAGGAGCUCAGAAUACAACCUGGAAGAAAUUGAUGAAAGGGAAGAGAUGAGUGUGCAACAGAGAGAGGACAGUGAAAGCACAAAUACCUCUCUCAGGACAGGAGAGGUUACUGCAGCCUUGAGCUCUGCUGAGGUACCACUGGAAACUGAAAAAAAUAAUCCUGCUUCAUCAGCUCCAGUUCCUGGCAGUGUUUCUGUAGAGAACUCACAAAGCUUCAAGGAAGAAAAACAAGAAAAUAUGAGCACAGAUGGCAAAGGACUACAGACUAAGAUAAGCAGUGAGCAAGCUGCAUUUGAAAAAGACAGGAAGCUUAGAAUUUUGGAUCAAAAUAAAAAUGAUGAUCAGAGUGAUACAAAACUCGUUCCAACAACAGAAGAAGGGAAAGAACUUCAGACAGCCGAAAUUAUAACAGUAGAUUUUAGAGAAAAUAACAAACUUGAAGUUGACAGACUAUCAAACUGCCAGGCAUGUAAAAAUGACAUCUCUGUAAGUCAUAGGAAUUAUCCUCAACUGAUUCCAGAAAAGCAAGAUCAGAAAACAAAUCAAACCAGCUUGGACACAGUAAAAACUCAGGAUGUUGCGAUCCAGACAGGUCCAUCGGAUAGCAAUUUGGGAAGGACUGCACAGAAAGAAAUUAUCGUUCCUCAAGGCUGUGAAUCAUCCACAUUCAGAGAACUGGUCCCUCAGCACAAUACCGAUACAAACAACCCCCUUCUUCAAGUGAUGCACGGAAUACAAGAGGAUGAAAGUAUUUCAACAGGACAAAAUCUCGAGAGACAAGAAGUUACCCAUGAAAAAGUAAUUCCCGUAAAAGAUCAGAGUCACAUUUGUGUAAAUGGCAGUAAUUUUGUUUCACUGGAAACAACUGCAAAAACUCCAGAUGACUCUCUUGUAAAAGGCUACCCUCUUUAUAGACAGGACACCAAACCUAAACCCAAGCCAGCUAAUGAAAUUACAAGAGAUUACAUACCAAAAAUUGGAAUGACUACUUAUAAAAUAGUGCCUCCCAAAUCCUUAGAAAUAAUGAAGAGCUGGGAAGCAGAAAUUCCAUCAGAUUAUAAGGAUCAAGAGGUAUCUACUUUGGAAAACUCUCUGAAGCAUGAGGACCCCAAAGAAUUCAUAGUGCAAGCUGAAAUUCCUCAUCUUCCAAAAAGUGUAGGUCAUUUACAGAUUGGUUCACAAAAUGAACCAGCAGCAGCCAAUGAUCUGCUGCACAGAGUGAACAGCUCUUCUGAACAUGUUGUGAAGUCUGGAGCUGAGAUUACUACUGAGAGCAAUUGGACGGAAACAGAGUCUUCCAAACAGCGUGUCCCUCUGAUGCUGAGCUUGGAUAACACAAAUGCUUCUUUUGAGACUCAGGACAAGCCAAAUGCAUUAAGUCCUACAACAAAGCCUAGUUCUUUUUAUCUGCAGAUGCAACGAAGAGCUUCAGGUCAUUAUGUGACAUCUGCAGUUGCCAGAAGUACCGUUUGUGCUCCUAAUUCCAUUCAAAAUGAAGCUAAAUAUACAGAGAUGGGAAAAAAAAUCUCAUCACCCGAUUCAACUUCUUUAUCUUUACAUAAAACAAGUGCUUCCUGUCUUCCAGCAGAUGACGAAAAAGUUGAUGAUGGAAAAAAAAUUGAAUCCUCCGCUUCUCCUGUUAAAAGCAAUAAACCUUCAAGUUUCCCCUCCUGUCCCCCAGCACCACUAAACCUAAGAACUCUAAGAACUUUUGCAGUUCCAAAGCCGUACUCCAGUUCGAGACCAUCCCCUUUUGCUCUUGCUGUCUCAUCCGCAGUCAAAAGGUCGCAGUCAUUCAGUAAGACGCGUACAAUCGCUAGCCAGGCACCAAGAGAGGAAUUUCCUGUUGAACUCUCCUCUGCCUCUUCAGCAGCUGAAUUCUCCUCGGCUACUUCCGUGCCUCAAGUAAAAACCCCUUCCUUACAGACCGUAACAGGGGCGUCGCAAAAUAGUCUAAUGGAUAAGACAGGCAGCAAUGUGAAUAGUGAGCAGAAGAGUCAGGCGCAGUCAGGUGCUUCCACUGACCACCCACCCCCUGUCACUAAGAAACAAACCACGAUGACAUUCCAGCAUUCUGACCCAGAACAGAUCCACCAGAGCUUGCUGGCUGCAAUCCGCUCUGGAGAAGCUGCUGCCAAAUUGAAAAGGGUUGGUCCUCCAUCAAACACCAUAUCUGUCAAUGGAAGAGCCAGGCUCACUCAUUUGUAUUCCACAGAAACAAAAGCUAAUCACUAGAUAUUAUACCAAAUAUUUUGC